AAGACAUUCUCCGGAACUGGACCGGGAGGUCUCAAAAUGGCAUAUUCCUUAGGAUUAGGAAUUAGGAUUUAGGAGUUUAGGACAGGAGGUCUCAAGCAUAUUCGAUAUAAACUUUUACGACUCUAAGCUUUCACAAAAGUUCGUCUUUCUCCCAAACCCCAGAAACUUCGAAGACUGCUUUUCUCUCUCCUUCCUCUGUUCCGAUGCAGAUUGAAUUCAAUAAUAGAGUCCUGCUCUCAUGGAAUCUGUUGUAAUAAAAUCGUCAUUCAUCAGUCUCAACCUCUUAAACCCUAAAACCUCUUUUUUCAAAUUCACCCAUUUAAGUAAACUCAAACGCUCUUCGAUCUCUGUCUCUUACCGACCUCGUUCAAAUCGCCAAAACCCCGAAUCAAAAUUCAAAAAUUACGAUCAACCCGUCAGUUCUUUUUCAAUCUUGGUUCCACUUCUACAGAGCAUCAAACUUUUAGCUGCGAAAGUUGCAGUGAACAAAUGGGUAUCUGUAAUUCGAGGAUUUAGAGAUUCAGAGACUGUUGAAGAAGAUGUCAAUGGUGAUUAUAUGAAAAAUGGAGGGUUUGGAGUCGCACUUUUGACGGUGACAUCGACGUCUAAGGACCGAAUCAGCCCAUUCGUAGCGACAUUGGCCUCAAACCCGACUUUUGUGUCUGGAAUGUUGGCUUGGUUGAUUGCACAGUCGUUGAAGGUGGUUUUGAAUUUCUUUGUAGAGAAAAAAUGGGACUUGAGGAUCAUAUGUGCCUCUGGAGGAAUGCCUUCUUCGCAUUCGGCACUAUGUACAGCUUUGACAACUUCUGUUGCAAUCUGUCAUGGAGUGGCUGAUUCUUUAUUCCCUGUUUGUUUGGGAUUUAGUUCAAUUGUCAUGUAUGAUGCUAUCGGUGUUCGUCGGCAUGCUGGGAUGCAAGCAGAGGUUCUUAAUAAGAUCGUUGAGGACCUGUUUCAAGGGCAUCCUAUCAGUCAAAGAAAGCUCAAGGAACUUCUUGGCCACACUCCAUCCCAGGUUUUUGCCGGAGCUUUGCUCGGCAUGGUGGUUGCUUGUAUUUGUUGUCAGGGUUCGUUGGUUGCUAUGUAAUCCGCUUCUGAAGAUAAUUUUACCAAGCCCAUGUGAACGAUACUUGAGUCUCACAUUUGAACUGAUGAAUUAUUGGAUUGUAUUCUUACCCCCCAAAACUCUAUAAUGUGAAUGAAAGUUAUGGGAUUUCAUGAUCUCUAACCCUUUUCUGAUA